UUCCAAUUCUGAUACUACUAUAUGGAAAAAGCGUGCGAGUGUAAUUACAAAAUUGCCCCAACUAUUUCCGGUGACAUUAAUAGUCAAUUGCUGACCUCUAACCGCGGUCAACUGUCCUCGGCCAUGGAGCUCGCCUCUCUGAAAUUGCAAUCGCAGAGGCUCUUCUUGUCUCAACUGAGGAGUCAAAGUCAAAGAAAGAAAGUGGUGGUGGUCACGGCCAAGAGAAGGUCAAACAUCGAAGGUGUGAGCGACGAGUUGAAUGCCAUCGCUUCUCAGAACUUGGACUUGGCACCCUCUCGCAGAAUGGUCCGUGCUGCUUUCCUACCGGUGCACCAGCACCUCGACCAUUACUUGUUCAAGGCUGCUCCUCCUGGGAUCAGAACUCAAGAGUGGUAUGAAACGAAUUCCAGGGGAUUCGAAAUUUUCUGCAAAAGCUAUUUUCAGAACUAGUUAAUUUAGAGAUUGAGAUUAGGUUCAAAAUUCUGUUCAGGUCUUGCCAAGAGAAUUGCUGCUUCUGGAUAUGCUGUUUAUGCUAUGGAUUACCCAGGUUUUGGCCUUUCUGAAGGCUUACAUGGUUACAUUCCAAAAUUUGAUGAUCUGGUUGAUGAUGUUAUAGAACAAUACGCAAAAAUCAAAGCAAAGCCUGAGGUUAGACAGUUGCCUGGAUUUCUAUUGGGGCAGUCAAUGGGUGGAGCCAUUGCCCUUAAAGUUCAUUUGAAGGAACCAAAUAAUUGGGAUGGGGUAAUCCUUGUAGCACCAAUGUGUAAAAUUGCAGAAGAAAUGUUACCAUCUAAGGCAGUUUUGAAGGCAUUGGAUCUUUUGUCUUAUGUGAUGCCAAAGGCAAAACUGUUCCCAUACAAAGAUUUAUCCGCAUUGACAUUCAGAGAACCAGGCAAGAGAAAAGUGGCCAACUACAAUGUUCUAUCUUAUGAUGAUCCAACAAGACUCAAAACUGGCAUGGAACUCUUAAGUGCCACACAGGAUAUUGAGUCACAACUGCAUAAGGUUUCGGCUCCAUUGUUGAUUCUUCAUGGAUCAGAAGACAAGGUGACAGAUCCAUUGGUUAGCCAAUUUCUUUAUGAGAAAGCUUCUAGUAAGGAUAAGAUUAUGAAGAUUUAUGAAGGAGGUUACCAUGGCAUUUUGGAAGGGGAACCUGAUGACAGAAUUUUUGCUGUCCAUAAUGACAUUAUUUCAUGGCUUGAUUCUAGAUGUUAAGUUAAUUGAGUAGGCAAUUAUUUAUAUAUAUAUACCUUCUAGGAAAAAAGUUAAUUCAGUUGACUUCAUUCUAUUGGCAUUGUAGUAAUAUGGACACCUCUCCAUUUGUUGAGAGGAUACAUCAGCAAUAAAUUCAUCAACAAUAUAUGGUAUAGUCUAUGGUGGCCACAAGUU